AUGGCGGCGUCGGUGGCAGCCGCAGCUGGGCGACUUCGGCGGGCCAUUCGAAGGUCGCCCUCAUGGCGGGGCCUUCGGGCGCUCUCAUCGGAGGCCCCUCCAACCCAGGCCGCGGCCGUGCGGGACGCCUUCCUGAGCUUCUUUCGGGACCGCCAUGGCCACCGCUUGGUGCCCUCCGCUUCCGUGAGGCCCCGCGGCGACCCCAGUUUGCUUUUCGUCAAUGCAGGCAUGAACCAGUUCAAGCCAAUCUUCCUGGGCACUGUGGAUCCACGAAGCGAGAUGGCAGGCUUCCGGCGGGUAGCCAACAGCCAGAAAUGUGUGAGGGCUGGAGGACGCCACAGCGACCUGGAGGAUGUGGGCCGAGACCUUUCCCAUCAUACUUUCUUUGAGAUGCUGGGCAAUUGGGCCUUUGGGGGUGAAUAUUUUAAGGAGGAGGCUUGCAGCAUGGCCUGGGAGCUGCUGACUCAGGUCUAUGGGAUCCCUGAGGACAGGCUCUGGGUCUCCUACUUUGGUGGUGACCCCAAGGCUGGGCUGGGCCCAGACUUGGAGAGCAGAGACGUCUGGCUCAACUUAGGGGUGCCUGCCAGUCGCGUGCUCUCCUUUGGGCCCGAGGAGAACUUCUGGGAGAUGGGGGAUACUGGGCCUUGUGGGCCCUGCACUGAGAUACACUAUGACCUGGCUGGUGGGGCUGGAGCCCCCCAGCUGGUGGAGCUUUGGAAUCUGGUCUUCAUGCAACACAACAGAGAGGCAGACGGAAGCCUGCAGCCCCUGCCCCAGCGGCACGUGGACACGGGAAUGGGCCUGGAAAGGCUGGUGGCCGUGCUGCAAGGCAGGCUCUCCACCUACGACACCGACCUCUUUUCACCGCUGCUCGACGCCAUACACCAGGGUUGCGGGGCACCCCCUUACUCGGGCCGCGUUGGGGCAGCAGAUGAGGGGCACAUAGACACAGCAUACCGCGUGGUGGCUGAUCACAUCCGCACACUCAGUGUCUGCAUUGCUGACGGCGUCUCCCCUGGGAUGUCAGGCGCCCCGCUAGUACUUCGUCGGAUCCUCCGUCGAGCUGUGCGGUUCUCUACUGAGGUGUUGCAGGCACCACCUGGCUUCCUGGGCAGCCUGGUGCCUGUAGUGGUGGAGACACUGGGAGAUGCUUACCCGGAAUUGCGGAGGAGCUCAGCCCAGAUAGCCAGCCUGGUGUCGGAAGAUGAGGCGGCCUUCCUGGCCUCCCUGCAGCGCGGUCGGCGGGUCAUCGAGAGGACCCUGAAGCGCCUGGGGCCUUCUGAUGUAUUCCCAGCCGAAGUGGCCUGGUCCUUGUCACUGUCUGGGAACCUGGGGCUUCCCCUGGACCUGGUGGAGCUGAUGCUGGAGGAGAAGGGGGUGCAGCUGGACACUGCUGGACUGGAGCGGCUAGCCCAGGAGGAGGCCCAGCACCGGGCAAUGCAGGCCGAGCCGGUUCAGGAGCAGGGACUGCGACUCAACGUCCACGCCCUGGGAGAGCUGCAGCGCCGAGGGGUGCCCCCAACCGAUGAUAGCCCCAAGUACAGCUACUCCCUGCAACCGGGCGGCGGUUACGAGUUCGGCACCUGUGAGGCCCAGGUGCUCCAGCUGUAUUCAGAAGAUGGGACAGCUGUGGCCUCCGUGGGGGAUGGCCAGCGCUGUGGCCUCCUCUUGGACAAAACCAACUUCUAUGCUGAACAGGGAGGCCAGGCUUCCGACCGAGGCUACCUGGUGCUGGUGGGCCAGCAGGACGUGCUCUUCCCAGUGGCCCGGGCCCAGGUCUGUGGAGGCUUCAUCCUGCAUGAGGUGGCGGCCCCUGAGCGCCUCAGGGUGGGGGACCAGGUGCAGCUGCACGUGGAUGAGGCCUGGCGUCUAAGCUGCAUGGAGAAGCACACGGCCAUCCACCUGCUCAACUGGGCGCUGCGGGAGGCCCUGGGCCCCGGCACAGAGCAGCGAGGUUCCCACCUCAAUCCCGAACGGCUGCGCUUCGAUGUGGCCACGCAGGCCCCAUUGACCCCAGAGCAGCUCCAGGCAGUGGAGGCCACUGUGCAGAAGGCCGUGGGGCGGGAUGAGGCCGUGUACAUGGAGGAGGUGGCCCUGGCACGCACUGCCCACAUCCCCGGGCUGCGCUCCCUGGAUGAGGUAUACCCAGACCCUGUGCGGGUGGUAUCCGUGGGCGUGCCCGUAGCCCAUGCGCUGGACCCCGCCUCCCGGGCCGCACUGCACACUUCUGUGGAGCUAUGCUGUGGGACGCACCUGCUUCGCACAGGGGCUAUAGGAGACCUGGUCAUCAUCGGAGAGCGCCAGCUCGUCAAGGGCAUCACCCGCCUGCUGGCAGUCACUGGGGAGCAGGCCCAGCAGGCUCGGGAGGUGGGCCAGAGCCUGGCCCGGGAGGUGGAAGCAGCCGCAGCUCGGCUGAGUCAGGGCAGCCGGCAUGUGGCGGAGGCGCAUCGGCUGUCCAAGGACAUAGGGCGACUCACUGACGCCGUGGACACCGCCACGAUGCCCCAGUGGCAGCGGCGGGAGCUUCAGGCCACACUGAAGGCGCUGCAGCGGCGUGCCAACACUGCCGUCCGGAAACUGGAAAUGGGGCAGGCUGCACAGAAAACCCAGGAACUCCUCCAGCGGCAUACGGAGGGGCCCCUGAUUGUGGACACAGUUUCCACAGAGUCCCUCUCUGUAAGCAUUGGGCGUGGGGUGGGCCCAGGGUGUGGAGAGGGGAAAGUCCCAGCGGGGAGGAAGCUGGGAGCUGCGAGGCCGCCAUUUGCCCUCCCCCAUGCAGAUGCUGGUGAAGGUGGUCCGGCAGCUGUGCAAGCAGGCGCCCAGCACAUCCGUGCUGCUCCUCAGCCCCCAGCCUCUGGGACAGGUGCUGUGUGCCUGUCAGGUGGCCCAGAGUGCCACGCCGGCCUUCACAGCAGAGGCCUGGGCGCUGGCCGUGUGCAGCCACAUGGGGGGCAAAGCCUGGGGCUCUCGAGUGGUGGCCCAGGGCACUGGAAGCACUGCUGACCUGGAAGCUGCCCUCAGCGCAGCCCGAGCCUAUGCCCUCAACCAGCUCUGAGCAGGCUCACGCAGGGGCUCACACACGCUGAAGAGACUGCGGCCAGGGCAGUGCCUGCAGUCCUGAAGGAGCCAGCAGAACCUCCCCGGAGGCUCAGCAGAGGACUCAAGUCUGGAGGCCAAGCAGCUGAGCCAAGAGGGUGCCCUGGGCUGGGACCUGCACAGACGCGAGAAGGUGGGGGCUGGGGAAGGCAGAAGUGAGCCUGAACAUAGACCCGGUGAGGUGAAGGUGAAGACGUACAUGGCUGUUCUGGCUGCGAUUGUUCAUUAAAAAGUAUUUCACAAGAUAGGAAGCUCCAGAGGGCUUCCCAGGUAGGGCUGAUGGUAAAGAACUCACCUGCCAACGCAGGAGACGUAAGAGACCGAGGUUUGAUCCCUGGGUCGGGAAGAUCCUCUAGAGAAGGGAAUGGCUCCCCACUCUAGUAUUCUUGCCUGGAGAGUCACAUGGGCAGAGGAGCCUGGCGGGCUCUGGUCCGUAGGGUUGCAAAGAGCCAGACACGACUGAAGCAACUUAGCACACACACACACAGGAAGCUCCAGGACAUUCUUUCAUCUAAAAAAAAGCAACCUUUCCCGUCUCAGCAACCUGACAUGGGUGCCCCAUCCCCAAUUUGACCCUUCACACUGGACUGAAAGGCCACCUGGCAUCCAGAUCUGAACUCCCCUCAUCACCACCACAAGCACUUGGCCAAGCCCGCUGUACCAGCUGUUCUGAGCACCCACAAAGGCCUCCCUAGCCAAGAUUGAAAACUGUCAUGUGAAAGUCAUGAGAGCUGGGCAGA